UUCAGGGAAAAUGUCAAACAGAAAAACCGAAUCAGCACCAUAUGCUGUACUUCCUGGAACAAGCAAUUUAGGUAUCGGAAAUGUUAUCCAAAGUGCAUCAUCACCGCUUGUUGACGUUGAUAGGCACGGAACAUCUGAAGUUACACAUACCGGUAACUUCUUAAAAUUCUUCAAUGCCAGUGGUAUGUUAAAUAUUUUUGGACGUGGUUUCUUGGCAGAACCUGUGCUGCGUGAUGAAGAAGAAAGCUAUCGUUAUCUGAUGGCUUUAGAUCGUUACUAAAUGAGAAAGAUUAUAACUUCUCAUGUCUCAUAUCUGUUCAUCGAUGAUUAUAGUCGAACUUGCUCUAUAUUUCUUCUAGUUCCUUCUGUUCUUUUUUUCUCUUCCCAUGGGUGAAUCUAUUUCUAUGAUGGUUAGGUUUCUCGUUGCAGUGGUAACUGCUAAGCUCAUUUUCUCAGGGAUUCAAUAAUUGAGCACUAUAAAUUACAUUUUUAUUUUUCAUUAUGGAGUAAUUAGAAGCAGGAAAUUUAAUUUUUCAACAUUUUUUAGAUGGUUGCACCUUAUGCCACUAAUUCAGUUCUCGCAACCUUUUUUUAUUCAAUUUUUUUUUUAGACUACCUUUGAUUUUGAUUCUCUGUGUAGCAUGGUUUAUAUCCAUUCGGAUAGAAGUUAUGGUAUUGUAUUUCUGCCUGUUUUCUUUUCAGUUCACUUUUUUGAUGUCAUGCACUUUUGUACUUUUUCAAGAAACAUGAGUACGCGUCUUUUUUCUUUUUUUUCUUUUUUUUUUAAUAUUACCAAAUUGGAAGCAGUAAGUCAAAUAUAUGCAUUCAGGUUAAUCCAAAGGAAUCCGAGGGAACGGAUAUUAUAAUCGUAAGUGUCAAUCAGUCCUCUUUGCAUAGAGGACCUUGUGUCUGAAUACAAGCUCAACCACAUUAGCACGCAUUCUCACGGAAAUGUAUACCACACAUAUUUAUUUACGGAAAUUUCGUGAGUUGACCACACCAUUGAUGGGGCUAAUUUUGCCGCACUUAAAACAGCUUUUUUAAACAUUAACUCGAUGAUUUUGUUUCGGAUUAAGAGAAUUUCUUUCAAUUUUCCAUAAUUUGGAAAACUUGGUUUACUACAAAAAAACAGUGCGGGCAGGUUUUUAUCUCCCUUUCAUUUUAUCCACAUAUGAGGGAUUUUGAUUUUCGGCCAAGAAAGAAAUUUUGGGUUAGGGGUUUUUGAAAAUUCUUCGCAUUCUAAAGAAUUUUGUUCCAAGAAGUGCGUGAUCACGAGAGCGCAUGACGUCUGUGCAAGAGAUAAUUUUUUUUCUGGGUCAAAAGCUAAAGUUAAGAAGAGGUGAGUUUUUUUUCAAAAAAAAGAGUUAUCCAAAUGUAGCUUCAGUAUUUGUCGACUGCUUUGAUUAGCUUUUACGAGGACUGUAAUUACCUCAUAUUUUAUGGGUUUUACAGCUCAAAGAAAAGAGUUGUGUAUCUCUUUUAAAAUGGUGUUUUGAGUAGUAUGUAAUAUAUUUAGAAUUUCAAUCUCUACCAUUUGAAAUGUUUGGAACUCUGUCUUGCAUAUAAGUUGUUUUGCUUAGCUCUGAUUUUCGAGCGGGUAUUACACGUUUUUUACGUCGACUAAUUGGUGUACAGCGCAAUACCGAAACUCAGAUUUUAUUCUCUCC